AUUAUUACAUCAUUUAUUUUUCUUUACAUGCUAUGAACAUCGGAGAUGCACUUUGUGAAUUGUACGAACCGUCAACCAGUACAGAAUUUCGUGCCGAGAUUCGUGAUUUUACUUUACAACUUCUUCAAAAUCCAUUGUCGUUUACAAGUUGUGGUCUUUUUUAUCUCAAUCAUACAUUAAUACGUAACGUGAUCACUACCGUAACAACUUAUCUCGUUAUUUUAAUUCAAGUUGGAAACGAAUCACCGCAAGAUUUAAUCGAAGAUGUAGAAUUAUCGACCAGUGAAUUUGAAAAAAUUUAAUAUCAUUAACAAAAUUAUUAACUAUUUUAAUCGUUUGAUAUCUAAUUUUCUGAUCGGUUAACAAGGUACGAUCGAUUGUCACUUACUCACCCCUAACAAUUUUCCACCAAUUAGAAGGAAGAUAGGGGAAUAGAGGCUCAUCUCAAUUACAGUUCCCUAUGCGUAUAAGGGAGGAAGGGAUAAGUGCAGAUGGAGGCGUUAGUCCGUAAAAUUCAACUAAAUAAGUACCUGUAUAUAGAACUCGAUUGAUAGUAAUAUAAUAAUUACGCUAUAAUACGAACCCUUUAAUAAAAAACUAAAU